AUGAAACUCGGAAUCAAGGCGAAAACGGGUCUCGGCCUUGUUGUCGCGUACACAGCGUACUCAACGUAUGUGCAUUUACGCACCCAUUACGAAAUCAACGAUCGGCUGGACAAGAAACUGAAAUCCACCGACUUUGGACUCAGCUCCAACGUUUCUCUUCGAGACGGUAUCCCUCCUUCUGUGCAGUUUCGACCCAUGGUUGUCGGAGGCAAGUUUGUCAAUCCCUUCAGCCAAUACCGACACCAGACUCUUUUCGAGUUUGUGUACUGCAACAUUGUCAACCUAUUCCACUUGACUCCCCGAGGAGGUCUCCCCAAGGACCCCAAAGAGCUCAAGAAGCUGCUCCCCAGUGUGACCCCCGACUUCCAGCUGCUAUCCGAGCCCGUCAAGCAGGUCUCUGCUCUGAUCCCCUGGAAGCCCAAGUCUUUCAUUCCCAAACCGCAGGAUCGAAUCACCCUCACCUGGAUCGGACAGUCCUGUGCGUUUGUGCAGCUUGGAGGACUCAACAUUCUCACCGAUCCUUUCUUUGGUGACCAUCUGGUCACAUCGUGGAUGGGCCCCCAGCGACUUUCGAAGGCCCCCUGUCAGUUUGAAGACCUGCCCAAGGUCGACAUUGUUUUGGUGUCACAUGACCAUCCCGACCAUCUGGAGGUGGACACCGUGAAGAAGAUUGGAAACUCAGCUCUGUGGGUCGUGCCUCUGGGUGUGAAGAAAUUUCUGGCUAAAUACGGCGUCUACAACGUUGCCGAGCUCAACUGGUGGGAAACCAUGGGUCUCGAAACCCCGAAAUCGCAGGAACUGGGCGAGAAAUGGACCGUGGCAUGCACUCCAGCCAUGCACUGGAGUGGCCGAAAGAUGUACGACGCCAACUCGACUCUCUGGGGCUCUUUUAUGGUCAUGAAGGACGGAAAACCCCACUUUUUCCACGCAGGAGAUACUGGAUACUCACCAGAGCUGUUCCGAGGAAUCAAGGAGGAAUACGGACCCGGGUGCAAGCUUGCCAUGCUGCCCUGUGGCGCUUACAAGCCCAGAUGGCAUCUCAAGAGUCAACACAUUGACCCCCAGGAGGCCGUUAACGUAAUGAAGGAUCUGGAGGCCAAGAAUAUGGUCGGUGUGCACUGGGGAACGUUCAUUCUCAGUGACGAGAAGUUCACAGAACCCCGAGACUCGCUGCACAAGAUUGCUGAGGACGCUGGGGUCGGCAACUCGGUUCUGGCUCCCAAGUUUGGACAGACACUGGUAUUCGAUACCGGUGACGGCAAGGGUGGAAGCCAUCCUCCUGAGGAGAUUAGAGAGGGCAAAGCGCUACUUUUUAGAUGA